CUUUCUCUCUCCCUCUUUCUAGGUUUUUAAUUCCGAUGAAGAGAGAUCCUUCUCUUUCUCUUUCCGUAUACCUCAAUCGACGAAGUAGAGUUUUGUUCUUCUCAAUCUUCCAGAAAUAGCGAAGCUUCCGUUUCUAUAUCCGCCAUGGAUUACGUUUCCUCUCCUUCCCCUUCUUCCAACGGAGACGGCGAUAUCGACUUCGACACGGAGUGGUACGGUAACAUACAGUACCUCUUGAACAUAUCGGCUUUAGGCGCCUUCUGCUGUGUGUUCAUCUUUAUCUUCGUCAAGCUCCGCAGUGAUCACCGUCGUAUGCCUGGCCCCUCCGCGCUUGUCACGAAGCUUCUUGCCGUAUGGCACGCCACCUGUCGCGAGAUUUCUUGUCACUGUGGCGCUGAUGCUGCUCAAUUCCUUCUCAUUGAGGGCGGAAGCUGCGCAAUUCUUCUGUCGAUCGCUGUUUUCGCUGUUUUUCUUCUCCUCCCUCUCAAUCUCUAUGCUGGGACUGCCGCCAUGGAUGAUCAGUUCUCCAAAACAACCAUCACUCACAUUGAGAAAGGUUCGCCUCUGUUGUGGAUUCAUUUUGUGUUUGUGGUUAUUAUAGUUGCUUUGGUUCAUCUUGGCAUCUCCUCCAUCGAAGAACGACUGAAAGCUACUAGGUUCAGGGAUGGGAAUGGAAAUCCUAGUGAUCCUAAUGCGUACUCGGUCUCGAUUUUCACCAUUAUGGUGCAGGGGAUCCCUAAAAACCUAGCGGCUGAUAAAACCCCUCUGGAGGAGUAUUUUCAGCAUAGGUAUCCCGGGAUGGUUUAUAGGAUUAUCGUACCGAUGGAUUUGUGUGCUUUGGAUGAUUUAAUUACUGACUUGGUGAAAGUUCGUAGUGAUAUUUCUUGGUUGGUAGCUCGAAUUGACUCUCAACUUCUAUCCAGUGAGAAUCACGAUAGUGAAAAUGGGGGGAAAACUUCUGAGGGAUUAUGGGGCUGGCUUCAAAAUCUGUGGAGAAGGGUUAAGGACCUUUGGGUUCGGAUUGUCUCACGGUUGGAUUUCACGGAUGAAGAAAAAUUAAAAAAACUGCAGGAUUUGAGGGCUGUUUUGGAGACUGAACUUAUAGCUUACAAAGAAGGUCGAGCACAAGGUGCCGGGAUUGCAUUUGUGAUAUUCAAGGACGUCUACACAGCUAAUAAGGCUGUACAGGAUUUCCGAAUUAAGAAGAAGAGGAGGCCAAUAGAGAAAAUUUUCUCCGUCAUGGAGCUGCAGCUAGAGAGGAUCCGAUGGAAAGUUGAGCGAGCCCCUCCGGCAGCUGACAUAUACUGGAAUCACUUGGGCUCUACGAAGUUCUUAUUGAGACUGCGCAGAGCAUUUGUGAACACAUGCCUUAUUUUGAUGCUUUUGUUCUUUAGUUCUCCUCUCGCUGUGAUCAGUGCUGUUCAGAGUGCAGCACGGAUUAUCAAUGCAGAGGCAAUGGACCAUGCUCAAUUGUGGUGGGUGUGGUUCCAGAGCUCAAGCUGGGCUGCAACUAUAAUUCUCCAAUUUCUGCCCAAUGUUCUUAUAUUUGUGAGCAUGUAUAUAGUGAUCCCAUCUGUACUGUCCUAUCUUUCAAAGUUUGAACGGCAUCUCACUGUAUCUGGAGAGCAAAGGGCUGCACUCUUGAAGAUGGUUUGCUUCUUCUUGGUGAAUCUUAUUCUCCUUAGAGCUCUGGUUGAAUCUUCCUUGGAGAGUGCAAUCCUGCGUAUGGGUCGGUGUUACUUGGAUGGAGAAGAUUGCAAAAGAAUUGAGCAGUACAUGAGUGCCUCUUUCUUGUCAAGGUCAUGCCUUUCUUCGCUUGCAUUUCUCAUCACAAGCACUUUCUUGGGGAUAUCUUACGAUCUAUUGGCUCCAAUCCCUUGGAUCAAGAAACAUUUGCAGAAGUUUCGGAAGAAUGAUAUGCUUCAGCUGGUGCCAGAGCAGGGUGAUAAUUACAUUUUAGGAAGCCAGGAAAUAGAUAGCCUAAGAAGGCCUCUGAUGACUGAAAGAGACUUUGACACAAGUAUGAGCAAUAGUGGCAUUUCACAUGUUUCUCCAUUAAAUGGAAUUGUACAGGGACAAGAUCUUUCUGUCUAUCCUAUCAACAGCAGCUCACCUAUUCGAAAACAAACAUUUGAUUUUGCUCAGUAUUAUGCAUUCAAUCUCACUAUAUUUGCGCUUACCAUGAUCUAUUCUUCGUUUGCCCCGCUUGUGGUCCCUGUUGGUGCAGUAUAUUUUGGGUAUAGAUAUUUUGUCGACAAGUACAACUUUCUAUUUAUAUACAGAGUUCGUGGGUUCCCUGCAGGUAAUGAUGGGAAACUAAUGGACACGGUAUUGUGCAUCAUACGGUUGUGUGUAGACUUGUUCCUUCUCUCAAUGCUAUUGUUCUUCUCAGUUCAAGGGGAUUCUACUAAGCUGCAGGCUAUAUUUACUCUGGGGUUGUUACUGGUGUAUAAUCUAUUGCCUUUAAAGAGCGAUGGCUUUCAGCCAUCACUGUUGGAAGGCAUCGAGACUGUGAAUAGUAUUGUUGACGGGCCUAUUGAUUAUGAGAUCUUCUCACAGCCCAAGUUUGACUGGGAUACAGAUCAUGUAUGAGGUAUGAUGAGAUCUUAAACACCAAGCAAUUUGUUAGUUUGUAAUUGUUAUUUAGCAUUGACCUUUCCACUCGCAUCCUUCGUAUUCUUAAGUCUUUUGUAUUAUAGCAUUAUCUCUGUUUGUAUUUAUUUGUAAUGGGCUCCUUUUAAAAAUUUAUAGUGCAAUCAUCACACGGAAUUGAAAUCCAUGGCUAUUUUUCACU